CCAUUUGGAAAAGUAAUGAAAAAAGAAAAAAGAGUCAAGCUGCUCCUUGUAGACUAGGACUAGGACUAUUGUCCAAAAAUAGCUUCAUUUUUGUUUCUCAUAAUUAAUAUAUACUCUGGAUCAUCCCUUUCUUUCACCUCAAAUUUCAAAUAUAAUCGAUGGACUCCUCUUAUCAAAUUGUUGCCAAGGCAAAACACCGCCACUAUUACUCUGCUUGUUUUGGACGCCCGGCUGCCACCGCUCUUCCACCAGUUGCAGUUGCUACAUAUCCCAAUCUAGCCACCUCCCUCUACAACACCCACCUCGGCCUUUUUGUUCUAACUUGGUCACGCAAUCUGUUCGGCAGAUCUUUUCAUAUCCAUUUCCUCCUCAAUGGCCUUUCUUCUCCUCAUCUAUCCCCUUCUUUCCAACUCCACAUCAAGCCUUUUGUUUUCUGGAAGAAACACGGAUCUAACAAGCUCCAUAACAAUGUUCACAUCUUUUGGGAUUUUUCCAAAGCUAAAUUCGGAUCUGGCCCUGAACCUCGAUGUGGAUUCUACAUGGCUGCUACCGUUAACGGAGAAAUGGUUCUUCUCGUCGGCGAUUUACCCAAAGAAGCUUAUUCAAGGACAAGAGCUCGAAACAAGUACAUGAACAUGAACAUGGUGCUGAGAAGGGAACAUGUGUACUGUGGGAACAAACUGUACACAACAAAAGCAAAGUUUGGUGGAAAAGAAAGAGAAAUCUCAAUUGAUUGCAGGAUUGGGGAAGAUCCAAGGUUGUAUUUCAGUGUGGACAACAAAAGGGUAUUGCAGAUUAAGCACUUGAGAUGGAAAUUCAGAGGGAAUGAGAGAAUUGAAGUAGAUGGGGUUGGAGUAGCGGUGUCAUGGGAUGUGUAUAACUGGUUGUUUGAUGAUGAUGAAGAUGGUUAUGCUUUGUACAUGUUCAAAUUUGAGAAAUCAAGUUUGGAUGAGGAGCAAUUGAAUAAUAGUAUGUGGUCCCAGCAAUCUUGUGGAUUUGGGUUUGAGACAAAGAUGAUGAAGAAAGGUGUAUUGAGAAGUUCAUCAUCUUCAUCAUCAUCUUUAUCUUCAGCAUCUUCAAGUUGUAGUAGCUCUGUAAUGGAAUGGGCAAGCACAGAAGAAAAUGAAAUGAAGGAUCCCACUGGAUUUUCCUUGCUGGUGUAUGCUUGGAAGACCUGAAACUUUAAGUUUUUACCUCAUCCCAUUCCCACGUAAAGUACAUGUAUACAAUUUUUCCUCCUCCUACUAUUCUAUUUUUGUCUUUGAUUGUUAAGAAAAAUACAUACUAGUAUUCUUCUUCACUGAUUUUUACUUUAUUUUGUUCACAUUAAGCAUCAUUUUUGACUUAACAACAUCAAUAUUGGAAAGUUGAAGCACAGGCCAUUCCGUACCGAAUGUUUUUGCGUGAGAGAGAGAAUAUCAUUCUUAUUUUUCCUUAAACAAUUUGAACCACUUAAACUUA